AUGGUGACGGAGCUCGAUCGCCCCGAGCUGUGGAGCUUCAAAGGGGAGGGCAACGCCAACUGGGUGUUUGCGUACGCGGGAAGCCUGCCCCUUCUGGUCGGCAAGGUUCUGCGUGUGCGCAAGCCCAGGCCACCUCAGGAUGCCGAGCAGGCGGCACUAGAGGAGGCGGUGUGGGCACCGGUGCUGGGGCCCUCCACCGCCGCAACCAACGCGGCCGGCGCGGCGGCGGCACGAGAGCAGGCUUAUGUGCAGCAGCUGCUGGCGCCGCUGCUGGGGCAGCACCACGUGCCGCACCAGGAGCCGGUGCAGACCAGUCCGAGCUUCCUGCGGCGCCUGCUGGUGUACAGCGGCUGCCUGCCCAGCGGCGGCAAUGGCCUGGACUUUGCAGCAGCGGCGGCAGCAGAGAAGUCGGAGGUGGCUCCUGGGGUCGCCUCGCUGAUGCCUGAUGUGACGCUCCUGUCGGACAGCAGCCCGACGGCAGCCCCUGGCAGCGGCGCAGCGCUGUCCCCUGCGGUGUGCAUCGAGCUGAAGCCCAAGUGCGGCUUCAUCGGCGGCGGCUGCGCCACGGUGCACCCCGACAACCGCCCCAUCAAGCGCAGCCGCUCCCGCUUCCAGCUGCACCAGAUGCUCAAGCUGGCAGAGGGCAAGGUUGCGGCCUGCAGCGCCUAUGACCCUCAGGACUUGUUUGCUGGGGAUCCAAGCCGGCUGCGCGCCGCGCUCAAUGCGCUGCUGGACCAGCCCCAGAACAACCUGCUGCUCUUCCUGGACGGCCAGAAACAGCAGCUGGUGGGGCGGCAGCUGAGCCGCAAGCGGCGGCAGAAGGAACAGCACGCAGCGGCAGGCGAGGCAGCAGUGGAACCAGAGGGGGACCAGCAGCAGCAGCAGCCACCCGAGGCCGAAAUCGACCAGCAGCAGCAGCAGGCAGGACCCGCUCUGGAGGAGCUUCUGGCAGCCCUGCUGCCGCUGCCGGCCGGCCAGCGGCGGGCUGCCCUUGUGGAUCUUCUUGCGGGGGUGCUGGAGCGGGAGGGGGUGCUGCCGUGCCUGCUGCAAGCCCAGCAGCAGUGCCGGUACGACAUAGAAGGCAUCUACCAACUGUACUGCCACCUGGCAGGCACACUCACCCCCGAGGUGCAGCCAGCCCACAGUGCAGCAGCAGACGGCAGCAGCAGAGACAGCGAUAGCGGUGGCGGCAGCGCUGAUGCGACAGCAGAGGCAUCAAGCGCCCAUGCGGCCGCCGUGCGGCAGCUGCUGGCGAUGCCGCUGGCAGAGGCGCAUGCUGUGCUGCGGUCGUAUGUUGUGGCUGCCACAGCCAAGGACUGCGCCAUCAUGAUCACCCUGCAGCGCCUGGCAGACACGCCACCAGCUGCGAGCGCUGGGGACGGCGCUGUGGAGCCAGGCAGUGGCGGCGGCAGCGGCACCAACCCUCACACAGACGGGCAGGAGCUUCGCGAGUCCCAGCAGCAGCAGCAGCAGCAGCAGCAAGGCCAGCCUCUGCAGGCUGUAUCGCCGCCGGUGUGCCGCACCUACUGCGCCGCGGCGGGCGCCUGGUUUGCCUACCGCCUGGCUGUUGUGGACCUGGACCUGAAGCCGCUGGCCAAGAUCCCCAAGCACCACCAGCUGGAUGCCGCCAUCCUGGCCGCGGCGCGGCGCCACCUGGCUGACAACAGCGGCGGCAGCGGGAGUUUGGGAGCAGCGGAGGCGGCAGGUGCCGGUGUAACAGAUCGAAUGUAG